ACAGCAGAUUGUACCGUUUGGGACAGCGGUUGCUGUGAGCCUCACCAAAAGUGAAGCUUCUCUCAAAACGGGCACCACAGAGCAGACAACAUACACCAUGGGAUCGCUGUCAGUCUCUACCCACAGAGGACUUGUCCACUGGAAAGGGCUCCUGCUACUUGUUUCACUCUUAACCUUCUGGAGCCUGCCCACCACAGCUGAUAUCCGUGUUGUGUCCACCUAUCCUGCUGAAGGGCAAGAUGCAGUUCUGCAGGUCCGCAAUAAGCCUCCUGAGGCUGUAGGCGUAGUGUGGUACAAGGGGAAACGUGUGGACACAAAUAAUUUAAUUGCAUUUUCUGUGAUGACAUCCGAUGACAUCCAUUUAAGUGGUCCUGGAGAGAAUGGAGAACAGAUGAUAACUGAUGAUGGAUCCUUGCUAUUGAAAAAUGUCACCGUGGAUGAUAUAGGACCAUACACUGUAGCUGUCCACCUUCCAGAUUCAGAACCAGAAAUAGCAUCUGGGCUGCUUCACUUGUUUGAGUAUCUGAGAGUGCCCGUCAUCCAGGCUAGAAGGUAUAAAAUCGGAGAGAAUGUCUAUACUAUGGUCUUGAUCUGCUACACAAAAGAACGCAUCAUCCAGUGGAUGUUCAAUAACAGGCCUCUGCUACCUUCAAAGAGAAUAACUCUGAGCUGGAACGAUAGAAAACUAACCAUACACCAAGCCAGGAGGGAAGAUGCUGGGGUUUACUAUUGUAAAGCAUUUAACACCACCAUGUGGCUUGUAAGUCGGACCUAUCAACUGCGUAUGUAUCCCUGGCUGGCAUAGCUCAGUGAAUUGAGCAUGGGCUGUGAACCAAGGUGUCACAGGUUCGAUUCCCAGUCAAGUCACAUACCUGGGUUGCAAGCCAUGGCCCCCACCAA